AUGUCUGACCGCGACACCAACAAAAACAACAACGGCAACGGCAAAACCGGCAAAGCUCCUUCUAAACCUGAGCUUAUCAGACUGAACAUGAGAAUGCCCAUCCAGAACCUCCCGGGGGUGGGACAAGAGAAAAUGGAUGAGCUGAAUGAGCUCAACGGACGGUUCACGGAAAUCAUCGAAUGCGGAAACCCCAUGCCCCCCAAGGCAGAGGAAGAUGAGAAUACCUUUGCGGAUGCCCUUAUGGGUUUUGGUAUUCUGGCUCUGUUCUUUUGCCUGUGA